UCGGUCACGUGGGACGGAGUUCCAGCAAAUCGCUAAGCUAAGAAAUGAAAGGCAAGAAACAGUGGAUCAGGGCACAUGGGUAGUUAGUAAGUAGCAUAGAGCGUGGUAACCAGUUUGUUAGUGACUGCGAAGUUAGGUGGAGUGUAUACAACGCAGUAAUAUUCCAAUACUGUUGAAGAAAUGGCUUCUUCUGAAUCAGUGAAGACGGUAAUUAGCAAGGAGGAGACAGGUCUCACACAUGAAUGUGGUGUGUUUGGUUGCGUUGCUACCGGAGAGUGGCCCACACAGAUUGAUGUUGCUCAAGUUAUCUGCCUCGGACUCGUCGCUUUGCAACACAGAGGACAAGAAAGUGCUGGGAUUGUAACGAGCGAAGGCAACAAUGCAAAGGCAUUCCGGGUCCACAAGGGAAUGGGGAUGAUUAGUAACGUCUUCAGUGAUGACUCAAUGAAGAAGUUGAGGGGAAAUCUGGGAAUUGGGCACACACGUUACUCAACAAGUGCAGCGUCAGAAGAAGUUAACUGCCAACCAUUUGUUGUUCACACAGCCCAUGGGGCACUGGCUGUUGCACACAAUGGAGAAAUUGUAAACUGUGGAUCAUUGCGCAAAAUGGUACUGGGCCGAGGAGUGGGUCUCUCCACUCACUCUGAUAGUGAGCUAAUCACACAGGCUCUUUGUCUGAACCCCCCAGAAGGUGAGGUUAAUGGACCUGACUGGCCGGCAAGAAUCAAGCACCUGAUGCAACUGGCUCCUCUCUCAUACUCGCUUGUUAUCAUGCAGAAGGAUCGUAUAUAUGGUGUGCGUGACCCAUAUGGCAACAGGCCUCUCUGCAUCGGGAAGAUAGUCCCCCUCAAACUUACAAAUGGUAACAAAAAUGAAGAUGAAAUGGAAGAAGGUUGGGUUAUCUCAUCUGAGUCCUGUGGCUUCUUGUCAAUUGGGGCACGGUAUGAACGGGAGGUGGCUCCUGGAGAAAUUGUUGAAAUGACUAAAGAUGGUAUCAAGACUAUUGGCAUUGUUGAACGACCAAAUGCCAAACCACAAGCCUUCUGUAUAUUUGAAUAUGUGUACUUUGCUCGUUCUGACAGCAUAUUUGAGGGACAAAUGGUGUAUUCUGUAAGGAUGCAGUGUGGACGAGUAUUAGCAAGAGAAGCGCAUGUGAAUGCUGACAUUGUUAGUUCAGUUCCUGAAUCAGGAACUGCAGCCGCCCAUGGCUUCUCCAGGGAGUCAAAGAUACCCUUCGCCGAGGUGCUUUGUAAAAAUCGCUAUGUGGGAAGGACAUUCAUCCAGCCUAGUACACGGCUUAGGCAACUCGGCGUAGCUAAGAAGUUUGGUGCUCUGUCAGAAAAUGUGCUUGGCAAAAAACUGGUUCUCGUUGACGACUCUAUUGUCAGAGGCAAUACUAUUGGGCCUAUAAUCAAGCUGUUGAGAGAUGCUGGUGCAAAGGAGGUUCAUGUAAGAGUAGCCUCACCACCUCUUCUGUAUCCAUGCUACAUGGGUAUUAACAUUCCAACAAGAGAAGAACUCAUUGCAAACAAGUUAGAUCCUUUGAAACUGGCGAAACAUGUGGGUGCUGACAGUCUAGCAUACCUGUCCGUAGAAGGUCUGGUUCAGGCUGUGAGGUACCGAAUCGCAGAGAAGAACGCGAGUAAAGUUGGUCACUGCACAGCCUGCCUUACAGGGAACUAUCCAGAAAAACUUGAAUGGUAGCAGACUGUAGCAGCCAGGCUGAAUCCUUACCUCAACCAGUCCUCCAGUCACGUAAGGCAGCAGUGGUCAUCUAUGAAGCACGAUAUCCAAUUCUUGCCUAAAAUCUUCAUACUGUAGCUAACUGAAGAGAGGAUGCUAAAGUGUAUGGUACAGACAUAAUGUGCUGUAAAACACAUUUGCAAGGUUUCUAACUGUAGAGUAUAAAUUAACCCUUCAGCUGUUUUCGAUGAAGUGUCUUGUGCACCGUCUCCAUCUUACGUGGUUUGGAUGAGAUGCCUCAUAACAUGAAUGCAUUGUGUUCCUGCUGUAGGAUUUCUUUUUAAUCAUGUGGUCAGCCUCAAGAGUGGUGCAUCUUCAUAUAAUAAAAGGUAAAUAUAUGUUCCUUCUGUAGCUUGCAUUAGUUCUGAAAAAUUGGAAAACCGUAUGCUAAAUAUAUAAAACGCUAACAUCCUCACUUCAUGGAACAGAGUCCUUGAGAAUUUAAUAGUUGCUCAUUUUAUCAGUAAAUUCCUUAUCUUUUAUGGAAUCAGUCGGUUCAUUAUUGUGUUCACAAGAACUUACAAUUGGCCACUGUCCUGAACCACAUGAAUCCAGCCCAUACUCUUUUUCUUUUUAAGAUUCAUUUUAUUAUCUUCCUAUUUAUGCUACAUCUCCCAAUUGGUCUCUUCCCCUCAAGUUUUCCUGUGUGUAUUUCUCAUCUCUCCUGUAGUUCAUUUUAUUAUGAUGGCAUGUGAUUUUAUGCUUGGAGAAUUUUUACGGAGUAUCAUCUAAGGCAUGACGUGAUGAUGUAUACUGGUGAAUGUUACUGUACAUGUUCUGCGUCCAUUUUAUACAUGUUGAUUCAUCUCCUAGACAGCUUUAGAUGUGUACAUUAUGAUCAUUAAGGAAACACCAUAUUUUUUAUCCUUCCCAUCCCCAACAGGCAGAGGAUUAAAAUGUGUUUUAUUUCAAGAUCCCAUCAAAGUUAUUAUUUUCUCUGCCUGUGUUAAUCUUACAAGUUAAAGAUGUGGACUAGUUAGUUAGGUGUCUACUUAGCAGCCAUAUAGCCGUAGUCAUACCAUAACUUGUCAGAACUGCCAUAGAAGGCAUAUAUAUUACUCUUCUUGUAUACACAUAAUCCAUAAUUUCUUUGCACAGUAACAAUCACCAAUAGAAGAUUAUAUAUCUUUACUGUAUUGUUAAUCUAUAAAAUUUCACUAACCAUAUAUCUGACCACAGUCAUAAUGUAAUUAAUUGUAAUUUUACUUUUUUUUAGCCACACAGAGACUGGGAUUGUGGGUUCAAAAUGCCAUUUGAGGAAUUUUAUCUGUCUUGUUGGCCUUUAUAGGUAGAGACCUUGCAGUGGGGUGGGCUCCUGAGCCAAGCCAAAUAUCUAACAUUCGUUAUUUAAGAAUUCUGAAUUGAAAGAAAUUGGAGGGUUUAAUAUCUGUUAACUAAAGAAAUAAAAUGUUAUACAAUAAUAUAUGUGAGAGUGAUCUUUAGUUACAACCUGGAAAAAUUUAAUCGAACAUCAAAAGUUUUAAUCUUUAUUUAUAACAGAAAAAAAAGAUACAAUAAUUGUGAAGACUUUUGUAUUAUGGCUUAGUUUCCUGAUGUGGGUAUUAGUAUGAAACAAAAAUCUCAUCUUAUAUUUGGAUGAUUAAAAUAUUUUCAAAUAAAUAUGAUCAUUGCUAAUUUAUUUUGAUUCACAAAUUUGAUGACUACAGCUAAUUUGGAUUUAAUGCUAGAUAUGCUUUAUAUAGCUUUCUUCUUGUAUGCAGAAUAUUUAGAUUGUUCAUGGAUCUGACAUUGCAGCUUGAGUGAUUACACAACUGAGAAGUCUGGUCUGAAAUGUCAAGACUACCUUUUGUGAAAGUAUUAUAUGUUAUACAUAUUUAUAAUUUUAUUAACAGCACUUCCAGGAAGCCUAUUUUUAUGUUCUCUUCACCAUGUUGGCUAUUAUACUAGAGUAAAACUAAACCUCAUAAGUAAUAUGUAUUAAUCACGUAUGCUAAUUGUGCCUGUCAACAUAGCACAAGUAUAGUGCUGUUAUUUGAAGGAAUAACUCGGCAUUUGAUUAUUAAGGAUUUAAGCAUUCAUAAUAUCUGAUUCUCUAUGGCAAAUGAUGUAGUAGUAUAGGCCAUAUAAUACUCUUGAAUGCAAAAGUUAUGUUAGUGCCCCCCCCCCAAGUACUGAAAUGCAGGACAGUUAUUAAAGGAAGCAUUUUUGUUUUUCUCUUGUUCUCUGAUACUAUGGUUGUGAACAAUCCAGAAGAAAGUAAGUACCACUAAUACGAAAGCUGGCCAUUUGGCUUUUCUUCAUCUUCUGUUCUCACAGUCUUUUUCCCUAAGAUUCAUCUUAAUGCUAUCCUGCAGUCUGUUAUGGACAGAUACUUUACUCUUGUUGAACUUUUUGUUGCUCAAAAACUAUUGCACAUAGCGGUUUAAUUUCUCUCUGUCAUUCCACUGAAACGAUACAAGUAACAAGAAUACAAGAAUAAACUGGGAGAAAAAAGGAAGUAAACAUAGAACAUAGAAAAUUUCCUUAGUAAUAAACAGAAGCUAAGUUAUAUUUAUUUCUAGUAAAACUAUUUGAAGUCCUUCAUGAUAUUUCUUAGAAGAUAGACAUUUCAGUCUAGAAUAGUUCAAGAAGACUGCACAUUAAGGCAAUUUUCUUAUGUAGUUGGUAAUUUAUCUCUCUUGGUGGUAGAAACUGUUUCUGUGUGGACUUAACACACACAAAAACUCCUGGAUUUUUUUAGAGUAACUUUUGGUGUGGAAACAAAUGUCAGUCCUCUCUCUAUAUAUAUAUUUAUAUAUAUAUAUAUACACACAUAUUUAAAAAUAUGGUAGUAUGUAAGUUUAUACCCAUGUGACCAAUAGGUUGUCCUCUCCAAGCAACAUUUUACCAUGUAACUUUAAUAGUUUUUGAAAUAUUAUUUUACAUGUAAAUACUUAUCUAGCCCUAAUUGUGUUGUGCUUAUUUUUAUUUUAUUUUGUUAUUUUACUAUGUAUUUUAAACUGACUGUGUUCUGUUAAAGAGGAAAGAACUGUAGAAGGUACAAAACAUUUUUCUGUGAUGCCUAAUUACAGACAAGAUUUGAUAGAGGUAACAGUUAGGUAUUGCACAACUGUCUGUCCCUACAUAAAAUUUUGCUCUUCAUUUGUGACAGAAUGUACAAAGUUUUCUGAAUAUUUCUAAAAUUAAUAUUAUUAUUUCAGGUUAGUGCAAAAACUUGUUAACUUGUCUGAGAACGUAACAUUUGUCUCUCAUUCUCUACAACUGCCAAAUCAGUGAGACUACUGAGGUCUCUGUUAAUAUAACAGUAUUUUUACUCUAUACUGUAGCUGCAUAUGUGCAAUCAUUGAAUUACCAAUGUCAAUUAUCUGUACUUAUUAUAAACAUACUGUGUUAUGGUGAACACAAAAUAAAUAUACUGUACUUAUUGAAAUGAAUAUGCUGAGUCACAGUAACUCAUGCAAAGUCAUGGUUCUUGAUAGUUGAGGGUUGAAGAAUGGUCAUUGAUUACUGACCAACACAUUUGGAAUGGCUUGAGGUCUGCAUACAAUCUGUCCCUGAUGGUAUUGGGAUUGUCUCCCCUGGUGUUACAAGAUUUGAGUUAGAAGUUUAAGAUGAACAUUCAUCUCCUCUUAGUGCAAAGGUUGAAUAUUGAAUGUCUGGAGCCAUUCCUGUGCCCCCAAUGUACAAUGGCACAUGUAGCUCAGUCCUUUCAUUUACUUAUACAUUCCCAUUAGAGAUUCAUAGUAAAAUGUUAUACAUGUUUACUAAGCCUAAUUCAUCAUUAUUUGUAUUACAUGUAGGAAAAUAUCUACCAUUUUUGUACAUUGCUCAACUAUAUAUAAUAAAUAUAUAUUUUUUUCCUA